ACGUGUCAACUUGGCAUCAGAGAAAAAGCAGAGAAGGCGAACACAAAACAGAGAACGUGGAGAGACAAAACAAAGCCUGGAUCAAAAAAAAAUCAAUCAUCAUCUUCAAUCUUCAUCAAUUUCCAGAUUCAGAUUCCAAAUCUUCGAAGCUCAACGAAACAAUGGCGGCAGAACCUAACCCUAAGAAUUUCCCUGUCCUCUCUUACGUCUUGGCUCGUCUCCCUUCUUUCACCGCCAAAUCCCCUUCCUCCUCCUCCUCCGUUCCUCCCUUCGAUAUCGAACAACCACCAUCAUCAUCAUCAUCAUCAUCAUCAUCAAGCCAAUCGAUCGAAAUCGUUACUCAGAUGCCUCAUUUAACACAACCAGAUGUUCUCGCUUCAAUGACCAGUGCGAUCUCUGACGUCGCCGAGACUCGAUCUAUCCUUCGAACCCUAGGACCUAGACCCGAUCACGAGUCCGUCGACAAGGCUCGUGCUAAGCUCUCGGAAAUCGAAUCGUUCUUAUCUGAAUCGUUUGAGGAUAUCGCGCUUACCGAUGCGGCGGCGAAAGAUGAGAAGAGGAGACACGAGAUGGAUCAAGAGAAGACUUGGUGUGAGUCGGUUUUGAAGCUUGAUGAGGUUCAUGCUUCGUAUGAGAAGCUUUUGAAAGAAGCAGAGGAGAGGCUUGUUAGGAUUUAUGAAUCUGCUGAGAAGAAUGCGGCGGAGGAUGAGGAGAAUGUUGCGGCGGUGGAGGUUAAUGAGGAGGUUGUUGGGAUAUUGCAGCACGCUUCGGCUAAUCCAGUGGAUCGUGUGGAUUUGUCUGGGAGGAAAUUGAGAUUGCUACCUGAAGCUUUUGGGAGGAUUCAAGGGUUGCUUGUUCUUAAUCUUUCCAACAAUAAGCUUGAGGCGAUUCCUGAUUCAAUAGCUGGAUUGCAUAGUCUUGUUGAACUGGAUGUCUCUACGAAUUCUCUGGAGACAUUACCCGAUUCUAUCGGUUUACUCUCCAAACUGAAAAUCCUGAAUGUUUCGACUAACAAGCUCACAUGCUUGCCUGAUUCCAUAUGCCGUUGUGGGUCGUUGGUUAUCUUAGACGUGAGCUUCAACCGUCUUACCUACUUACCAACCAACAUCGGUCUCGAGCUAGUGAAUCUAGAAAAGCUCCUGGUUCAGUAUAACAAGAUCCGAUCAUUCCCGACCAGUAUAGGCGAAAUGAGAUCCCUAAAACACUUGGACGCCCACUUCAACGAACUUUACGGCCUUCCUGAUUCUUUCGUGUUGCUCACAAACCUCGAGUACUUAAACCUAAGCAGCAACUUCAGUGAUCUCAAGGAUCUCCCUUCCUCAUUUGGGGACCUCAUAAGCCUCCAAGAACUCGACUUGAGUAACAACCAAAUCCAUGCCCUCCCAGACACUUUUGGGACACUCGAUAGCCUGACCAAACUAAAUGUGGAUCAGAACCCGCUCGUGGUCCCACCUGAGGAAGUGGUGAAGGAAGGUGUUGAAGCUGUGAAGACGUACAUGGGUCAGAGAAGGAUCAGAAUGUUGGAAGAGGAAGAGAAGAAGAAAAUGGAGGAGGAGAUGGAGCAGGCAAACGCCGGGUGGCUCACACGAACCACAUCGAAACUGAAAACUUAUGUCGCAGAUGUUUCAGAGUAUCUCGGAACAAAUUCUCCUCGAGACCCUUACCUUGAGCGACAACUAUGAUGUGAUUUGGCUCGAAGAACAGUGAAUCCAAAGAGGUUGAGAAUUUCUCUUUUUGGCUGGUUUUGUCUCAAUUUUUUCAUCAAUCAUUCAGUAUAUAAUGAAGGGGGCUCUCUUCGUUACUGUGUUAUCUGCUUUGAUUCUUUCUGACGGGUAAGGCCUGUCAUUAACUUAGGUUCAAACUUAAAAGACUCUCUCUUGGGUCCAACUAAAUAAAAAAUAAACAUUUAUUUAUUUAUUUGGUUAA